CUCUCUCUCUCUCUCUCUCAUGCAUGUAUAUAUACAACCACUUCUUUUCUGGCAAGAUCUCUCUCUCUCUCCCAAAUCCAAACCCUCUCCAAACACCAUAUUCUCCACUCUCUCCGGUCUUCUUUUGAUGACAAUCACAAGCAAACAUCUCUCUCUCUCUCUCUCUCUCUCUCUCUCUCUCUCUCUCUCUCUCUCUCUCAUGAAUCCAUUGAAUUGAUCUCCUUCUUCCCUUCUCUCAAAGCAACCUAAAUUCCAAUAAAACCAAAACCAUCCAAACACCACCACCCACUUCUCAUUUUCACUCCUUCCAUCUUCCCCUCUCUUCCAAUCCUCCAACCCCAAUGAUGGAAAACCACCCCUCAAAACCUCCUCCCCCUGACGAAAACCCACCCUCCACACCAAACCGCAAAACCACCACUCCUCACCGCCCCUCCUCCGAUCAACCCCUCAAAUGCCCUCGCUGCGACUCUCCCAACACCAAAUUCUGCUACUACAACAACUACAGCCUCACUCAACCACGUCAUUUCUGCAAGACCUGCCGCCGCUACUGGACUAAAGGUGGGGCCCUCCGCAACGUUCCUAUAGGCGGUGGAUGCCGUAAAAGCAAAAAAUCCAAAUCCUCCGCUUCCAAUUCAUCUUCCAAAGACGCUAUUCCCUCCAUGUCUGCAGACUCCAUACUCGGUCCUUCUGGUGUAGGCGGUAUGAAGUUCUUCCCCAACCUAUCUCCGGCCAUGGAAUUCCACCUCAGCGGCCUUCCUUUCUCCAGACUGCAUUCCUCAACACCACCAAACGCUUUUAGUAACUUCUUCUCCUUUGGAGAUCUCUCUUCAGCUGCUCCUCUCUCCACGAAUUCUCCUUCUUCCGCUUUCGAGCCUGUCGGCACUAGCUCCAUGGGAUUCAAUUAUCCAAUCUCAUCUGUCUUUCGGAAUGGUGAGGGUGGGAUUUUCAGCACAGGAAUUCAAGAGAUGGGUUGCUCUUCUUCUUCAUCUUCAUCAACGUCUUCUAUCAAUCUCCAUGGUAGUCUUGCUUCUUCUAUAGAGUCUUUGAGCUCUAUAAACCAAGACCUGCACUGGAAGCUGCAGCAGCAGAGGCUGGCGAUGCUGUUCGGGGGUGAAAACCAGAAAGAUGGUGGCGUUUCUGCUGUUCAAACUCCUUUGCUUGAAAAUCAGCACCAACCCAUUUCAUUUCAGAUGCAGGAGAGCUUGAAAAUAGAUGCUGGAGGGAGUAAUUCUAAAAAAGGGUGUGGUGGAGAGAAUGCAAGUGAGUGGUUUUUUGGGAGUUCUUAUGGUGCGGGCAAUGGGAAUAGCAAUGGCAACAAUACAAGCAACUGGAGUGAAAUACAGGCAUGGAAUGAUUUGCAGCAAUACAGUGCACUGCCAUGAGAGAGAGAGAGAGAGAGAGAGAGAGAGAGAGAGAGAUCAGUCAGUUGGAAGCAAAAGAUCAGAUAGAAAAACACAAAAAAGAGAGAAACCCAAGUCAGAUAUUAUUCUUUUGUUGUUGUUGUUGUUCUUGUUCUUCUUCUCCUGUUGCUAGCACUUCUUUUUAGUCUUGUUUUUGCAGCUCAGCAGACAAUGAAAAGAGAGAAAAAAACAGGAGCCUUUUUUUUUGUUGUUGUUUUGAACUUUUUCUUAAGAGGGUGAUUGAUGGCUGUAGUUGUUUUUGUUGUGGUUGUUGUUGUUCUCUUUUUUGGAUUUUCUGUUCCUACAAAGACGCAGGACAAUUGCUGUUUAUGGUAGCAAUAAAAGAAAAAGCUACCAGUGGAAGGUGGUGAUGAUCUAAUGACAACAUAUGCAUUAUUACA